AUGCACAAAUAUGGAACGGACAUUAAGCGAGUGCCUUGCUGUGUAUUUCAGAAGUUCCUGCGUGUGCUGGAUUUGAGUCGUUCUUGUAUAACAACUGUACCCGGAUCCAUAGGUAAACUUAAACACCUCCGCUACCUCGAUCUCUCAUACACCACAAUCAGAUUGUUGCCUGAUGCAACUUGUAAACUUUACGCUCUGAGAAUUCUCAAACUCAAAGGGUGUUCUCAACUUCAACAGCUGCCCAAAAAAUUUUCCAACCUGGUCAAUCUUAUUCAUCUUGAUUUAACCUUAACAAAUUUAACUUCCACUCCACCCAAAAUGGGAAAACUGAUCAACCUGCAAACCUUGCAUAAGUUUAUAGUGAAUGAGAACAAGGGGCAUCGAAUCUCUGAGCUAAAACAUAUGAAUGCACUUCAAGGAUCAAUAAAGAUUGUGCAUCUUGAAAAUGUCAAAGACGGAAGUGAGGCUGCAAUGGCCUCCUUGUCCUUGAAGUCAGGACUCACAAGGUUAGAGCUACAAUGGACAGAGAGCUCAAUGCCUGAAUCAUCAGCCAAGACAGAGAUUUCAAAUGCGACAGAGAUUUUAAAUGAGCUUCAACCUCCUAUAAAUUUGGCGGAAUUACAGGUGACAAAUUAUAGUGGUCUUAGUUAUCCAUUGUGGUUUUACAGUCAAAUGUUCCAUAACCUUCAAAAGAUUCACUUGCACCAUUGGCCACAUUGCACCGAACUCCCACCGUUGUGGAAACUUCCAGUUCUAACGACUCUUCAUUUGGAUUCAAUGUGCAAGUUAAAGCAUGUUGACCGUCAUUUUUUUGGGGAUUCCCAGCAGGAGUGGAGGUUUGGGGCAUUGGAAUAUUUAGAAGUGCGUAACAUGGAACAACUUGCUAGUUGGAAUAGAUUGGAGCAUGGAGACAUGCCUUGCCUCAAGGAGUUAAGAUUUGUGAGGUGCCCUUGGUUGACUGUGAUGCCUACAUUGCAUUGCCUAGUUUCGCUAAAGACACUAGAAAUUACAGACUGCCCACGCUUGAAGAGAAAUCCUAAUGUGCCAUUAUCGUGUGAUAAAUUUAUCUUUGAUAGUUAG